GGAGCGGAGAGGAGCUUACUCCACGGGAGCAGCCUCUAGAUAAUCUGAAUUGUUGAAAAUACGAAGCCUGUUACUUGUGAACAGUGGCUGACAACUGGUGUUGUGAGCCUGGCUGUCUGCUUGGACCAGGAGGUUUCAUCUGCCAGGGUUUUUUUCUUGUAUUUAGGAUUUCAAGGGAAGUGUCAAGCUUUCAGUGUUGGAAAGGGUAUGGAUGACACAGGUGACCCGAGCAAUGAGGAGGCCCCUAAGGCCAUUAAGCCCACCAGCAAGGAGUUCAGGAAAACAUGGGGCUUUCGAAGGACCACUACUGCCAAGCGAGAGGGAGCAGGGGACGCGGAGGCUGACCCACUGGAGCCGCCGCCCCCACAGCAGCAGCUGGGCGUGUCCCUGCGCCGCAGUGGCAGGCAGCCGAAGCGCACCGAGCGCGUGGAGCAGUUCCUGACGAUCGCGCGGCGCCGCGGCAGGAGGAACACACCUGCCUCCCUGGAGGAUUCUGGUGAGCCCACGUGCUGCCCUGCCACAGACGCUGAGACUGCCUCUGAGGGCAGCGUGGAAAGCGCUUCUGAGAGCAGAAGCGGCUCCCAGUCGGCUUCCACAGCUGUGACAGACAAGGUCUCUUCCGAAAAGGCGAAAGGAGGGGAUGACACCUCCGAUAGUGACAGUGAUGGCCUGACCUUGAAAGAACUUCAGAAUCGCCUUCGCAGGAAGCGGGAACAGGAGCCCGCCGAGAGACCCCUGAAAGGGAUCCAGAGUCGCCUGCGGAAGAAGCGCCAGGAAGAGGGCCCUGCUGCGACUGUGGGCUCCGAGGCCAGUGAUGCUGUGGAGGGCAUCCUGCCAAGUAAGCAGGAGCCCGAGAAUGACGAGGGGGUUGCGUCCCAGGCUGGGAAAGACGACAGAGAGACUAAGUUGGAGGGAAAGGCGGCUCAGGGCGUCAAAGAUGAGGAGCCUGCAGACACGGGCAGACCAAAGCCUGAAUGUGAGGGCUAUGACCCCAACGCCCUGUAUUGCAUUUGCCCCCAGCCCCACAACAACAGGUUUAUGAUUUGCUGUGACCGAUGUGAAGAAUGGUUUCAUAGCGAUUGUGUAGGCAUUUCUGAGGCUCGAGGGAGGCUUUUGGAAAGGAAUGGGAAAGACUACAUCUGCCCAAACUGCACCAUUCUGCAAGUACAGGAUGAGACGAAUUCAGAAACCACAGACCAGCAGGAAACCAAAUUCAGACCUGGAGAUGCUGAUGGCACAGACUGUACAAGUAUGGGAACGAUCGAGCAAAAGUGUAGGGAAGACCAGGGGAUAAAGGGUAGAAUUGAGAAAGCUGCAAAUCCAAGCGGCAAGAAGAAACUCACGAUCUUCCAGCCUGUGAUAGAGGCGCCUGGUGCCUCGAAAUGUAUCGGCCCCGGGUGCUGUCACGUGGCGCAGCCAGACUCUGUGUACUGCAGUAAUGACUCUAUCCUCAAACACGCCACGGCCACAAUGAAGUUCCUUAGCUCAGGUAAAGAUCAGAAGCCGAAACCUAAAGAAAAGAUGAAGAUGAAGGCAGAAAAGCCCAGUCUCCUGAAAUGUAUCGUUCAGGCAGGCAUUAAAAUCUCUUCUGUGCACAAGAGACCAGCUCCAGAAAAAAAAGAGACCACCGUGAAGAAGGCAGUGGUGGCCCCCUCUCAGAGCGAAGCACUAGGGAAAGAAGCGGCUUGUGAAAGCAGCACACCGUCGUGGGCGAGGGAUCACAAUUACAAUGCAGUCAAGCCAGAAAAGACUGCUGCUCCCUAGCCAUCACUGUCUUAUAAAUGUAUGUAUCGCCUAGGGACUGGCCUCCUGGACCCCUCCCGUUCUUUCUGGAUAGCCACCCCCUGGGCCUGCCCAGGCCUGGGAGUUGCAGCUGUGUGUUAAGCUGAUCACAGACACUGGCUGCACCGUCAGCGGGAAGCAGAGCCCAGGUCCAGGAUACCUCCUGCUGCCCCGUGUCCACCCUGGUCUGUUGAGACUUCCUGUCACUGUUUUCCAAAGCUGUAC